CUUUUAUUUAGUAUGAUGAAGAUGACCAGUCUGUUUCAUCAGAACAUCCAAUGGACAUCAAGGACCGGAAUGAAGACCAUGUGAGAGAGAUGUCUCUUUCAGACGAAGUUGAUGAAAUGUUACAUAAUACAUACGGACCGCUGAGGAAAUUGUUCAUACAUUUCUACAGAAUACCUGCUGCAAAAGCGGCAUAGACCAACAGUCGGUCUACUCUCCUGUAGUAAAACUCACACAUCACACUCAUGAAAUUACACCAGCAAGAUUUCUGAUUCCAUUAUGGCAAACUCAGGACACUUGGAGAAUAAUGAAGAUGAGCCGUCUGUUUCAUCUGAACUUCCAGAGGACAUCGAGGACUGGAAUAAAGACCACGUGAGAGAGUGGAUACUCCAGAUAAAAGUGGACCAAAGGGAUGCUGAUAUUUUAUAUAAUGAAGGAAUUAAUGGAGCUGGUCUUCUCCUACUGGAGAUAUCUGAUCUGACAGAACUUGGCAUUUCAUUGAAUGCAAAAAAGCGAAUUAUUCACAACAGAGAUCAAAGUUUAAAGUUGUUUACUUGCAGAUUGAAGCCAUAUCCUUUUAAAAGAUUUAAUGCUGCCCACAGAUACCAGGAAAACUUCAUUCUUGAUGUAAUGGAAACAGGUCCUUAUGACCUCAUUCAACCCUGCCAUGAAUUCAAAGAAUUCACAGACACACCAAAAGAGAAAAAAAUUACAAAAUACAGAUUUGAAGUCAUUAAAUUUGCAGCAGCUUGCAUGAACAGUCGCACCAAUGGCACCAUUCAUUUUGGAGUAAAGGAUAAACCACACGGACUAAUUCUGGGUGUCAGUGUUCAGGACUUAGAUUUUACUAGAGAGCAGACAAGUGCAAUUGACAAACAUUUUCAGGAACAAUUUGUUGAAAUAGCAAAGAGGUGUAUUAUGCCUCCACGAUUUGUUGAAGUUCUCAAAGCUGACAUGACAUCCACUGGAAAAUAUGUCAUUGAGGUGGACAUAGAACCAUCCUUCAUAGUGUGUGAAAAAACAUACUUUAAAAUUUAUAAUUUAAUAAAAGGAAAUGAAAGAUAUAAUGACGCUAUUUUAGAAAGAAAUGGCAGCAGCAGCAAACUUCGUCCGAAAAAAAAAAACAAGAAAGAAAUUCUGCAUGCUCACAUGGAAAAGUUGUCCCAAUUGAGGAAGAAUGAGGAGGAAAAGCAUCUCACAGAUGUCAGAAUGUCUUCCCAGGGAUUAAAACUAUGUAACAUGCUAACAGGAGGAACCGGAUCUUUAGACACGUCACAUUUCACAUGUUAUGUCGUGGUUACUAACAAGUCCCAUCCAAGUCUGCUAGAAAGCCUGAAGUUUCUGAUUCCUAUGAAACCGGUGGCUGUUUUGGAUUUCGAUCCAGAAUCUGCUGCGAAUGGCUUGAACAGGCUAUUUGAAGAGAGAAAAACAAAUAAUCAUUUGCCAUCUGAAUAUGAAAUUACACAAACAGUUCAAGAGACUGCAGACAAGUUAAAGCUGACCAGAAACACAAGUUGGGUUUUCUGUAAUGGAGGCUUUAAUGGAGAAGACCCAUCAGAUUCUCAGAAGUGGUCGAUUGAAAAAGGAGCCUCAGUCCGUCACCCUGUUUAUUUCCUGUGCCGAAAAGAUGUGAUGCCAAACAAGAAAUUUCUCAUCGUGUUCUUGUUGUUAAAUCAAGUGACUGAUGGAAAUGACCCUAUGCUGGAGACAUUUCAUAUGUUUCGUCAGGAGCUACACGGGGAAAAUCAAAUCUUAUGUAUCUGUGACAAUGAAACAACAUACACCUACUGGAAGGAUCUGAUUAAGGGCCGUUAUGGAGUUGACAUCUCUAGAAGAUGCAUUUCUGAGUUGAGUUUUACUGAGAUCAAUGGAACUGUGCUCAGUCUCUGGUCAGAGAAUCGUAAGUCACACCGGUUUCUGCCUGGUGGCAGUAAGGUUGUGUUAUCAAAGAAAAAGGAGGACACAUUAGAUCUGCUGACUAUUCUCUGUGUUAACCAAUGUGAUGGAGGAAAUGAGGACAAACAACAACAUGAAGAAAGGUUUUACACAGGAGGGAAAGUGUCGUGGUGGAACUUCUACUUCUCUGAACAGGCGGGAUCAGUGCCAUUCAUCAAACGGGACAAGUUUGAGUACAUUACUGAUGGCAUCAUUCCAGACCUGCUCAACAUGAAGAGAUCUUGUGUGUUCUUCAACAUCUUUCAUCUUCCAGGGUGUGGUGGAACAACAUUAGCCAUGCAUGUUCUCUGGACGCUCAAGAAUAAAUAUCGUUGUGCAGUAAUGAAAUACAAACCACAUGAUUUCACCGAUGUAGCCCAACAGGUAGUUCACUUACUAACAUAUGAGGCAAAAGACCAACAAACCAGACUCCCUGUUUUACUGAUGGUUGAAGAUUUUGAGAAGAUUUCUGAUGUUGAAACACUUCAGAAGAAAAUUGAGGACGAAUAUCAGAAAGAAAACAUUUCUUCAAAAUCUCCACAAGUCAUUCUUCUCAAUUGUAUGACAGUUGAGUCCCGUGAACAGGCAGAAGAAAAUGACAACUCGGUUUACCUUGGAAACAAUUUAUUUGAGAAAGAACAUAAACUCUUUGAUGAAAAGUUGAAAGAGCUCAAGAGAAUCUACACAAACACAGACACAUUUCAUGGGUUCAUGUAUCUACAGACUAACGGUUCAUCUGAGUAUCUUAAACGUGUGGUAGAAAAUACUCUGAACGGCUUCAACUUUCAAGACGAACACGCUCAAUUGUUUGCUGUUCUUGUUCUUCUGAGUGUUUACUGCAGGAAUGCUCUACUGUCAGUCAGUGCAUGUGAAGAGUUUCUCCAUCUGCCGAUAACAGAAGACUGUCGAUCCUGCAAAGCUGAAGAUGGAUUCAAGGAGUUUUCCGCUCUUUUGACCAGAUGCACAGCACCUUCUAACUUUGUCUUUGAGGGUAUGAGGGUGAUCAAUUCAUGUGUAGCCCAACACUGUUUGGAUGAACUUGCAGUUACUCAUGGAGUGACAAGGGUGGACAUCAUGAACACACUGCUGACAACAUUCUUAGGUUAUGAUUUGUUUUUGGGGAAACAAAAACUAAUGCAGGAUGUCCACAGCAUGUUAGUGAAGAGCCGACAUUCAACCAAGAGUGAGAGCACUUUUUCACCUCUGAUCCGUGAUAUAAUGAAGGAGACACCAGGAAGAGAAGAGAACGUUUUACUUGAUGCCACAAAGGUCUACAAAAAGGAUGCAGUAAUAUUACAGCUCUUGGCCAGGUAUUAUUACUUAAAGACAAGAGAAGAAGACUUCAACGUGAAAUAUGAAUGGGCUUUAGCCUUCGCCCAUUCAAAGGACAAAUCAUACAUAUGUGACAAAGUGGCACGUGUUCUUAGGGGUGAGCUGUGGUAUAAGUAUCAACGAGACAGAGAUGAUCCCAUAAAGCCAGACAGUCUUGAGAUGUAUCUUACAUUGGCUGAGUCUGCAACAAACGCCUGCAGGGAAUCACAACAAACGACACACAAAGAGGACAAGAUUAAAUUUCAAAGACCAAAUUAUCAUGACACCUUCAACACAACUGAGCUUCUUUGUGAACAUGAAGUGGCACUUAAAGUCAAAGAAAUACUGCAAAAGACCCCACCGUUUACAUCAGAUGAUCAACUUCUUUGUCAAGUCUUGUCAGGGAAAAUCAAGAUGGAAGAUUUGACAAGAAAACAAUCUAAACUGAAGGAAUAUUCUGAUGUGUUGAGUAAACAUAUGCACUAUAUUCUUGACCUCGAGCCAUUUGUCCAUUUAGAUAGGAAAGACAAACUAAAGGAACCGUCAAACGACACACUGAACAAGUGUUCUCAAAAGCGUAUCUCUGAUGAAAUAAACAGAAGUGAGCUGGUUAAAAAUAUUCACCUGAAUGACAUGAUAAAAGAGAAGAAGACACUCCAAGAUCUAAAGAGGAACAAGACUGAUUCCCUCUACAGGAAGAGAUCUACAUCAACUUUAAAAAGGUCAAACAGCUGUAUAAAUUUAUGUCAGAGAAAGACUUCCACGACAUCAUCAGGGGCAAGUGAAAUUUUCACCAGCAUCCACUCUAAAUUUGGAGUACAUCAGGUCCCACCAGAGUCCUACACUAUCAACUUUGGUGUUACAAAAAAUAAAUUAUACUCAGAUGAGUGGAAGUCUGCUGGAAGUCAUCAAUUUUUGGGGGAAAGAGAGAGAUUCAAACGGCUUGAUAUCUUAUACACAGCUGUAUAAAACCAGAUCAGAAGAUUUCCACUGAGUGGGACAAUGAGAAAACAUGGAAGCAAGUGAGAGACAGGAAAACUUAACAGAGCUUCUGGUAAAAUACGCAACCACUGUAUUUCGGUUGAAGAUCCAUUGAUCCAGAGCCAGUUAACCAAAGAAUUUGGCACCAGAUUGUCAUUUUUGGGGGGAUUCUCCAUGAAGGGACCAGUUGCACUUGACAUAUGAUCCUUUCCAAAGGUCUAAUCUAACAGAUCUUACUUACAUAAUUAAAAUCCUUUUUUAAUCAUUCUUUAAUUCAACUCACAAUGUAAUUCAAAGAAGUAAAACUAGAGCUCAUAAACCCCUGACAAGUUCUGUUGUUGUACUUUGUUAUUGUGUUGAACAUUCUGUUACCUUUGUUUAUAAAUAAUGAUAUCUUUUUAUUUUUUUAUUUUUUUGUUGUUACAUUAUUUUUUAUGUUCAUUUUUAUAUUUUGAGAUUUACACAUGCAGGAGAAAUGGCUGACUGUAUUUCCAUAUUUAGCCUCUGUGAUUACAGAUAUAUACAGUAUAUAUAUUCAAACUUGCAUUUAUCACAAACUGUUUACACUUUUAUGUAUAAUUCUGAUUUGUAGUUUUCACAAAUAGAGAACAAAAUAUGUUUUCAACAAAUGGUUGAAAAGAAAGUGCUAAACCUCAGAAUAGUUUAGUCAUGAAGUGUGUUUGUGAUUGUUGUAAAGAGUGUUUUAAUUUAUAUUUUCUAAUUAGUUUGGUACUGAAUGCUGGUGUGGGGAUACGGGUAAAGAUACAGGUAUAUGCCUCAUUUGUUCGAUCAAACUUGUAACAGAGAUGAAUUAUAAACUUUUUUCACUGCCAUCAACACUAUUUGUGUAAAACCCAAAUGACGUUUCAUCAGGGUUGCAUGUAAAUAUUUUGGUAUUAUGGUAUGAUUUGGUAUCACCACUCCACAACUUCUUAACACUCCAAGGACAAAGAGUUUGGGACUGUCAUUACUUAUGCAGAUUCUUAUUCACUUAUGUACUGGUUGUUCACCAUUAUUUCUGAAAGGAAUAGAUUUUUUUGUUACUGUUCUUUCAGGUCUUUAUAUGCCCAAAGACAUUGUCUUUGGUUAGAAGAUACAACAC